GUAAAAAAUGUAAUAAUAAAAAACGUCAAGUAGAUAUUAAUGGGUUCAAAUUCCUGUACACAUAUAAUUGUCUUUUUAUUUUCGCCGCAUUUACGUUUAACGUAAAAAAAUGUGUCAGUAAGUGGGGACUGGGGUAUUUAAUCGAUGAUCAGGUAGAUUCGUCGGUCAGAAGUCAUUAACUGAACGCAACAGGUAAUCAUACAGGAUGUCGCUCGAUCAGAAAUUCCAAGAAGCUGUAGAAGCUGUCAAAACUCUCACUAAGCGUCCAACGGAUAACGAAUUUUUGGAACUGUACGCCUUGUUCAAGCAAGCAACAGUGGGCAAUGUUAAUACAUCGAGACCAGGAGCGUUAGAUCUGAAGGGGAAAGCGAAGUGGGACUCCUGGAAGUCAAAGGAGGGUAUGUCGCAGGACAGUGCAAAAGAAGCUUACAUCAAACUCGUCGAUACAUUACUCUCAAAGUACAAAUAAAGAGCUAUUCUAUUUUUUUACCUAAAAUAUUAUUGGGAUAAUACAUUUUAUAUCUUUGUAUUCCACGAUUUGUUGAAAUAAAAACGUUACCUG